GUGGGGGAGCCGAGGCGGCGGGAGGCGGUCGGGCGGUCGGGCGGUCGGGCAGCGCUCCACAGCGACGGAGGGGACGCACACCGGCGGCGGCGAUGGUGGAUUACCACGCGGCCAACCAGUCCUACCAGUACGGACCCAGCAGCGGCGGCAACGGCGCCGGCGGCGGCGGCGGAGGAGGGGACUACAUGGCUCAGGAGGACGACUGGGACCGGGACCUGCUGCUCGACCCCGCCUGGGAGAAGCAGCAGCGCAAGACCUUCACGGCCUGGUGCAACUCCCACCUGCGCAAGGCCGGCACGCAGAUCGAGAACAUCGACGAGGACUUCCGCGACGGCCUCAAGCUCAUGCUGCUCCUGGAGGUCAUCUCGGGGGAACGCUUGCCUAAGCCGGAGCGGGGGAAGAUGAGGGUCCACAAGAUCAACAACGUCAACAAAGCCCUCGACUUCAUCGCCAGCAAAGGGGUCAAGCUGGUCUCCAUCGGCGCGGAGGAAAUCGUGGACGGCAAUGCCAAGAUGACCCUGGGCAUGAUUUGGACCAUCAUCCUCCGGUUCGCCAUCCAGGACAUCUCGGUGGAAGAGACCUCCGCCAAAGAAGGCCUCCUCCUCUGGUGCCAGCGGAAGACCGCGCCCUACAAGAACGUCAACGUGCAGAACUUCCACAUCAGCUGGAAGGACGGUCUGGCGUUCAACGCGCUGAUCCACAGACACAGACCAGAACUCAUCGAGUACGACAAGCUACGCAAGGAUGACCCCGUGACAAACCUGAACAACGCCUUCGAGGUGGCCGAGAAAUACCUGGACAUUCCCAAGAUGCUGGACGCCGAAGACAUCGUGAACACGGCCCGCCCUGACGAGAAGGCCAUCAUGACCUAUGUGUCCAGCUUUUACCAUGCCUUUUCGGGGGCGCAGAAGGCCGAGACGGCGGCGAACAGGAUUUGCAAAGUGCUGGCCGUCAACCAGGAGAACGAGCACCUCAUGGAGGACUACGAGAAACUGGCCAGCGACCUGUUGGAGUGGAUCCGGCGCACGGUGCCGUGGCUGGAGGACCGCAACCCCCAGAAGACCAUCCAGCAGAUGCAGCAGAUGCUGGAGGACUUCCGGGACUACCGGCGCCUCCACAAGCCGCCCAAGGUGCAGGAGAAGUGCCAGCUGGAGAUCAACUUCAACACCCUGCAGACCAAGCUGCGGCUCAGCAACCGCCCCGCCUUCAUGCCCUCCGAGGGCAAGAUGGUCUCGGACAUCAACAACGGCUGGCAGCACCUGGAGCAGGCCGAGAAGGGCUACGAGGAGUGGCUGCUCAACGAGAUCCGCCGGCUCGAGCGGCUCGACCACCUGGCCGAGAAGUUCCGGCAGAAAGCAUCCAUCCACGAGGCCUGGACCGACGGGAAGGAGGCCAUGCUGAAGCAGAAGGACUACGAGACGGCCACGCUGUCUGACAUCAAAGCCCUCAUCAGGAAGCACGAGGCCUUCGAGAGCGACCUGGCGGCCCACCAGGACCGCGUGGAGCAAAUUGCCGCCAUUGCCCAGGAGCUCAACGAGCUGGACUACUACGACUCGCCCAGCGUCAACGCCCGCUGCCAGAAGAUCUGUGACCAGUGGGACGCCCUGGGCUCUCUGACCCAAAGUCGGCGCGAGGCUCUGGAGCAAACGGAGAAGCAGCUGGAGACCAUCGACCGGCUGCACCUGGAAUAUGCCAAGCGGGCGGCGCCUUUCAACAACUGGAUGGAGAGCGCCAUGGAGGACCUGCAGGACAUGUUCAUCGUCCACACCAUCGAGGAGAUCGAGGGCCUGAUCACCGCCCACGACCAGUUCAAGUCGACGUUGCCGGACGCGGACAAGGAGCGCGAGGCCAUCCUGGAUAUCCAGCGGGAGGCGCAGAAGAUUGCCGACUACCAUGGCAUCAAGCUGCCAGGAGGCAACCCCUACACCUCCGUCACGCCCGCCAUCAUCAACUCCAAGUGGGAGAAGGUCCAGCAGCUGGUGCCCAAGCGGGACCGCGCCCUGCUGGAUGAGCAGAGCAAGCAGCAGUCCAACGAGCACCUUCGCCGCCAGUUUGCCAGCCAGGCCAACAUCGUGGGGCCCUGGAUCCAGACCAAGAUGGAGGAGAUCGGGCGCAUCUCCAUCGAGAUGAACGGGACCCUGGAGGACCAGCUGAACCACCUGAAGCAAUACGAGCAGAGCAUCGUCCACUACAAGCCCAACCUGGACCUGCUGGAGCAGCAGCACCAGCUCAUCCAGGAAGCCCUCAUCUUCGACAACAAGCACACCAAUUUCACCAUGGAGCACAUCCGCGUGGGCUGGGAGCAGCUGCUCACCACCAUCGCCCGGACCAUCAACGAGGUGGAGAACCAGAUCCUGACCCGCGACGCCAAAGGCAUCAGCCAAGAGCAGAUGCAGGAGUUCCGGGCCUCCUUCAACCACUUCGACAAGGACCACUGCGGUGCCCUGGGGCCCGAGGAGUUCAAGGCCUGCCUCAUCAGCUUGGGCUACGAUGUGGAGAACGACAGACAGAAGCAAACAGGAAGCAUGGACUGUGAUGACUUCCGAGCUCUGCUUAUCUCCACAGGAUACAGCCUGGGAGAUGCCGAAUUCAACCGCAUCAUGAGCGUGGUGGACCCCAACGGCAGCGGCAUCGUCACCUUCCAGGCCUUCAUCGACUUCAUGUCCCGCGAGACCACGGACACGGACACGGCCGACCAGGUCAUCGCCUCCUUCAAGGUCCUGGCCGGCGACAAAAACUUCAUCACCGCGGAGGAGCUGCGGCGGGAGCUGCCCCCGGACCAGGCCGAGUACUGCAUCGCCCGCAUGGCCCCCUACCAGGGCCCCGACGCCACCCCGGGCGCCCUCGACUACAAGUCCUUCUCCACGGCCCUGUACGGCGAGAGCGACCUGUGAGCCCCGGCCCCUCCCCGGCCCCCCAAGGAGACACGCCCACCCCGCGCCCCACCUCCCCUCCGCUCCACAGAUCUAUGCAAAGCGCCUCUCUCGCUCUUUCUCGCUCUCGCUGUGGGGUGGGGCGGCGGGGGGGGGGGUCCCCUUCCUCCGGUCACUGUCGCCGCUGGCCUGGUGUGAGAUGGGAGCGGAGGCGGCCCCCCUCCAUCCCUUCCCCCCAACUUCGGCUUGGGGCUCCCCCCUCCGUCCCCCCCCCCCCCCCGCUAGCUGGGCUGUUAUUUAUGACUCAGGCACGCUGGGCCGGCCCCGAGACCGGGCCCCGCCUUCCCCCCAGACUCCUACCUUAGGCCAAAGCCGGUUCCUCCUAAGAUUCCCCCGCCUCCACCCACCCCCACCCGCCACGCUCCCGGGCCGCCCGGCCGGAGGCAGCAGAGGGAGAGCCAGCGGCCAGAGCAAUAAGGGGCGAGGCCGGUCGGGGACCCCCAGCACCUCCUCCUGCCCUGCCGGUGUCCCGGCUCUCCCACGGAGCCCCCCACCCCGAUCCCCCCGCCUUCCAACCUCACACGCGAAGGGAGGGGGCCGGAGACUUCCGAGGCGCCCCCGCAUCCCCCCUCAGAGUUGGGACGGGCCGCUGGAUCUGGCUCUCCCCACGGUCCCCUGGGCACGGUCCCCGCCCCCGGGGAGCCGGGACCGGGGGGGCUGGCCGCCUUGACACCUCCCCGCCGCCCCCCCCCCCCCCGGACCCCGCUCACCGGGCGCCCUGCCCCCUCUCCAGACUGACCUGCCUCUCUCACCGCCUCUCUGCGUUUAUCUAAGGACCAAAAAAAAUAAAUAAAAAAAACCACCAAAAAAAACCCAAAAAAAAAAAAAAAAAGCAAAAACCCACCUUAAAAGUAAUUAAAACCUUUCAGAGUUACUAUUUACUUUAUUAACUUACGGAUUUAUUAUAUAAAUAUAUAUUCACCUAGUGACAUAUAAUGCCGCCUUUCCGGUCUUGUAAUGAAAUCUCAGCUGAUGGUUGUAGCCCAGAUCCCCAUCUCCCAUCCACGGCCCCCCCCGCCCCCCCACCCUCACCCCCGUCUUCUCCGGGCGUCUGGUGCCGGAGAACCCCGUUCCCCCUGGAGGCCUGAAGGCAGCUGGAUGGGCCCAGCUAGGGCGGGACGGAGACAGAACACCCACCCCCGCCCCUUCGUUCGCCCUUGUCGUUUUUGGUUUUGUUUUUGGGGGGUGGGGGGGAGGGUUGCGUUCUGUUUCCCAGUUUUCUGGAAAAACCAACGCCUUCCCCCCCGAGGACAGGACAAUAAAACGUGUAAUAUUUUUCAGAAGGAA